AUGACGGACCUAGAAGAAACCGCCCUCCAUACAUCAUCUAUCACCCCCCUCUGCUGGUUUAGGAAAGUCGAGGACACCUUUGUCAUUCUCCAACCUGACCAUGACCCCAAAACCAUCCUCAACCACCUGAAUGCCCAACACCCCAGGAUGCAGUUCACUAUGGAACAAGAAGCUGACAGACAACUACCAUUCCUAGAUCUACAAACGGAACUCAACCACCUCCGCCAUGUCUUCACUAACUUCAACAAGUAUCCUACCAGCCUAGUUGAACAAACAAUCAACAUCAUGCUCAGCCCCAGAGAGCGGCCUCCUCGACAACAGACACCCCCGUUUGUCAUCAGUCUUCCCUACAUAGGAACAGCCAGCCACCAGAUCCGCAGACUGCUCAAACACCACGCCAACAUUGAAACAGUAUUCCAGAGAGGAAGGACAAUCCAGAACAUCCUCAGUGCCAAUGGCAGGCCCUCUACAUAA